AUGUCUAGGAUCUGCUCUGCCUUCACCCCCGCUCCCAGCGCGAGAGCAGCGCGGAGGAGCGCGAGCGGCCUGCAGGAGGAGAUAGACGGCCAGGAGAGCAUCAUCUCCAAGCUGCUGGGUGAUUAUGACAUGAAAGCCCUCUCGGAAGGCUCUGACUGUCGGUGUAAAUGUGUUGUCAGACCCCUGAGCAGGAGCGCCUGUCGGCGGAUAGAGGAAGGAAGCGCCACUGCGCAGGACUUUUACACAGUGGAGAAUACUUCUGGACCGGAGUGCAAGUGCGCCUGCAUCGCUCCUCCGUCUGCGGUCAAUCCAUGCGAAGGAGAGUUCAGGCUAAAAAAACUUAGGGAAGCUGGAAAAGACAACGUCAAGUUGUCCACCAUCCUGGAGCUACUGGAGGGCUCUUUCUAUGGCAUGGAUCUACUGAAGCUGCACUCAGUUACUCAUAAGCUCCUGCAUCGUGUAGAACAUAUUGAAAAGAUUGUGUCUUUGAAUCAAACUGUGGAAGAAGUGGAGCCUCGGAGCAUCGUUUUGUCCAGACAGCUGCUACUGAAACGCCGCCUACUUCUCUUCCCCUUCAGCAUCAACGCCCUACUGAGAUCAAUGGGGCAGCGGUCUUUAGAAACCUGGAGUCUUUUGGAAAAUUCAGAGCUGACUGAAGACAAGUAUGAAGAGAAGUUUAUGGUGGAAAAUCCACCAUCUCUAAAGACAGAUGGCUCUGCUCAGAUCAUUGAGGUCAGACCUCAGGUGACUCCCAAAAAUGUGUCUGACAAGGAGACUUCUGAAGGGUCAAAGCACUCCCGAACCAAAUCCAACAACACAAGCUUCAGCUACAAGCCUGACAUCUGCUUUGUCCAUCACAACCCACGCUGUGAAAACCUCGGGAUCAUUACAUCCCACAGCGGCUCCCAUAACGGUUGCCCUAACGGAGCGAGCUGCGACAACACCACAGCAAGAAACCAAGGCCACCAACCCCUCAGGUUCAACUGCGCCACCCGCUCCUACCACACUGUCAACUUUGCUUCUCAACAGCUCGCCGCCUGUCACAACACCUGUGAGUAUUACCUCUUCAGCCCCCACCGUAUCCCCCACGGCCUCGAGACAGACCGCUCAGAGGAGUGUAAGGACACUUUGGCCACCAUCUCUGAGCCAGUAACUCACAACACCUUUGGCAGGAAUGAGGGAGCCUGGAUGAAGGACCCAAAAUCUAAUGAGGACAAAAUUUAUGUUACCAAUUUCUAUUAUGGGAAUAACCUCCUGGAGUUCCGCAGCUAGAGGUUUUCAAACAAGGCCGUUUCAACCAACUCCUACAAGCUCCCUUACAACUGGAUUGGCACAGGCCACGUGGUCUACGACGGAGCCUUCUACUACAACCGGGCCUUCUCCCGGGACAUCAUCAAGUUUGACCUGCGGCAGCGUUACGUGGCUGCCUGGACCAUGCUCCACGACGCGCUGUUUGAAGAGUCGUCGUCGCCGUGGGGGCGCAGCCACUCGACAUCGACUUUUGCCGUGGACGAGAGCGGUCUGUGGAUCAUCUACCCUGCGCUAGAUGAUGAGGGAUUCCUGCAGGAGGUGGUUGUUCUCAGUCGCUUGAACCCGUCCGACCUCAGCAUGCAGAGGGAGACAACCUGGAGGACGGGGCUUCGAAGAAAUCACUGCAACUGCUUCAUUGUCUGUGGCGCGUAUGCUGUUGACAGCUAUAAGAGGGAGGCCAACCUGGAAUAUGCUUUUGACACACACACAAAUACUCAGAUGAUUCGGAUGCCCUUCAUCAACAACUACACCUACACCACGCAGAUUGACUACAACCCCAAGGAGGGUGUUUUGUACGCGUGGGACAAUGGACAUCAAGUCACUUACAACAUUAAAUUUGCAUAUGUAGACCCUUAGUAAGGGCAUGAAAGUCCCUUUUAUAUUUGUUAAUUCUUUAUUUGAAUGGAUUGUAGAUCAGUCCACAUGGCCCUCAGUGGAGGAAAAAUAACAGCCAAAUGUACAAAUGUGCUUUUAGCACAUUGUCUGUAAAUUGCAGUUUUGUUUUUUGUGUGUUUUUUACAUUUUUAU